AUGGCGGCUUAUUUGGUUUGUUUGACUGCUGACGGAGGAGUUCCGUUGUUUACAAGAACGAAGGGGAACAUAAAACCGCUGGCGUUUGCCGAAGUUGGGAUGUUGAAUGGCGUUCAGAUGUUUGCACAGAAUCAUGGAGUGAAACUUCAGAGCACAGCAACAGAUGAAGCCAGAAUUGCGUGGAAAGUCUACCAUGAAAGUAUAACAUUGAUUGUUGUUAUCUGUGAUGAUGGUGCUAGUGAUACUCAUCUUUACAGAUUAUUAGACAACGUAUUUCAUUCUAUGGUGCUUUUAGUUGGUUUAGAUGACAUUAUAUCAAUUAAAAAUGUGGAAAGAUUGAAACGUGAUCUCAAAGCAUGCUACAAAUUGGUUGAUACGCUAUUAGAGGAAACAGAGUUUUUUGGAGAUUUAACAGAAUCAGUUGAUAUCUUUUUAUCUACAGAAAACUCAUUAUUGCAGGAGCACUUGGAGUCCUUUGUGCAUGCUGCAGACAGCACUUAUGGAUGUCUAUGUGUGAUGGAUAGAAUAGCGGUCGCUACAACUAAAUGGUGGGAUUUGACAGGACAGGAGCUUGUUUUAUUGUCGUUACUACUGAGGUCACUGCCCCAGGCAUCAUCAAGGGACAUUGCUGUUUAUUUGCCUCAUAGUAGUCCCAAGAUUCCCCACAGGUUACUGACGUUUCAAUUGAUUCACGGCGUUGAGGCGUGUGUACUAUGUGGGCCAACACCUACGCUGGAUGAUGUCAGGGAUAAACUAUUAGAAGUGCAUUGGAAACCAGCUUUAGAAUCCUUGAGAUCUUGUAUUAGAGUGUUUCCUAGAAAUAUCCCACUGUCGGUGGAAUUAGAUCUUGGUAUACUGGGAUUUAUUCUCAUAAAUACCGAUAACCACAGAUGCCUUGCCACUAUGCACCCUAAUUCAACCGAUGAAAAGCAACUGCCGCAUAAAAUCCUGAGUAUGAGCAGAAAAAUUGGAAUACUUAAAACAUUUUAUAAAACUGUAGUAGGAAUUUAUUUUGCACCUGUACAUAGUCCGGAUAAAGAAGAGUUGACUUGUGAUCUUCAAGCUUUAUUAUCUCAUAAAGCAAAGGAUACUUAUAUUUGUGGUGAUGACUAUAAAUGCUAUGCAUUAAAUGAUGACAGAUAUCAGAUAUUUGUACUCUAUGGUUCGCAUGUACCGACUUUUGCACUCAGGACAACAACACAGAAGACUUUAAUGACUUUGAUAAAAGACAAGAAAUUUGAUGAGAAAAAGAAAUCUUAGUUCUGAAACCCAAGUGACUUUGUAAACUUAAAUUCUCACUUUGCAAAUUUGUGCGGUUUCAUCCUCUGACUACUACAGUAUAUACACUAUGAAAUGUUGAGAUUGUUGGUUUUAAUGGGAAAUGAGG